CGUCGCGCAAUUACGUAACGUGGUUCUCGAGUCGCAGCAUCUCUAUCGUGGCUAGUCAAACGUUGUUGAACGUGGUCAGAGUGAAUUUCGCGUUGCGACCGCUCGAAGCAUCGUUGUACACAAGUCGAUUGUGAUCCUGACAACGAGCGAGAAAUAAAAAAGAAAAUGCCGCGACGUGGACGUGCCGCCGCCCCUCCUCCGCGAACCGUCAGGCCUGCACCUGCUCCAGCCAGAGCCGCAUCUCCGCCAUCUUCCGUGCCAGCCCGUGCUCCCGCAUCGACACCCAUGGUGGCGCAGCCACAGCAGCCAUCUCUCAUGGGUCAAAUGGCCGCCACUGCCGGUGGUGUGGCUAUUGGAUCCGCUGUGGGACAUACUCUCGGACAUGCCAUGACCGGGCUUUUCAGCGGAGGCUCCAACGAAGCAGAGGCUGCUGCGCCAGCCGCGGCUGCGGCUGCUCCAAGCCCGGCGCCAGUUGGUGCAGCUUGCUCAUGGGAGAUCAAACAGUUCCUGGAAUGUGCUCAGAAUCAGUCUGACUUGUCCCUCUGCGAGGGCUUCAACGAGGCGCUUCGUCAAUGCAAAGUUGCCAACAAUAUUGUCUAAGUCAACACAUAGGAAAUUCAAAAACUAGAAAAUUUCUAAACAAAACUACAUGGUGAUUCCUAGUAUAUGUAACAUGAUUAUCUAGACGAAACAAUUUCCUGUUUAUUUUUACUGUUAUAUACUUAGAUGCUAUAAUUGUGAAUAAAAUCAUAACCUUAUCUAUAUCUUGAAUGUAAUCCGUAUGUUUUAGAAUGCAAUAAAAAAACCAAAUCUGUUUGUUUAAAUUUUA